AUGAAGUUGUCGCACGUCUCGGGCAUCGUCGCCUUUGCGCUCGCCUCUUUCACCUCCGCCGCAAGCCAAUGGUCCUUUGACGAUGGCACUCUGACUGUCGCCGAAAAGGGCGCUGAGGCCGUCAAGCACAAACUCACUGCAUCUGCCGCUGGACCUGAGAUUAUUGAACUACCCGCCGCUGCGUCGCUGAAAAUCGCCCUGACCGCGCAAGAUGGAGGAAAAGGGAAACGGCCCCACCAGGCCUUCUUGACCCUACAAGACCCGGCUAGCGGUUUGGAGGAAUCCUUUGCAUUCGCCGUGUCGGACAGUGGGAAGGCCAAGCUCGAUAUUUCCAACAAGGACCUACCAUACCAGUUCCUGGUAUCCGACAAGCCUCUCAAGAGUUUCAUCGUGCUGGGCUCUUUCGGCUCCUCGACUCCAUUCAAACACAUGGCAUUCGACCUCAAGAUCGGCCACGACGUACACACCCCUCUUGYCGUUCCCGCCGAACCCGAGCGCUACGCAAGGAAAGAGGAGAUCCAGCACACCUUCAAGGAAGACCCGCGCUCGCCGCCCAAGAUCAUCAGCUUGGUCUUCACGUUGGCCAUCUUGGCAGCCGUCCCGGUCUUACUCGGCGCGUGGUUGCUUCUGGGAGCGAACGCCGAUCACGUUGGCAAGGCUUUCGGUGCAAAGCCAGUGGCUCAUGGACUUUUCUUCGGCAGUAUCGUGGCCAUGGAGUUUGUAUUUUUCUUGUACUAUGCGAGCUGGAAUCUUUUCCAGACACUUCCCGUUGCUGGCGUUGUGGGAACCGUAGCUUUUAUCAGCGGUAGCCGUGCCUUGACUGAGGUACAGGAGAGAAGACUCGCGGGCCAGAGAUGA